AUGCCGUCCUCGCUUCGUAUACGCGAUAGAAGCCGCGCAGUGGCGAACAAAGUCGCAAGCUGGGACGUGGUGACGAAAGCCGUGGACCGCGCCUUCCUGGAACUUGCGGAGCUGGACGGCAAGAAGGACGAGGAGGGGCAGCCAGUGAUUAACGUUCCGGAGCUAUACACUGGCGUGCUGCUCGUGUACAACUACGUGAACCGCUACUCCCCGGGGAGUUAUCUGAGCCCUCCAAAGAAGAAGGACGUUCUCAAGCUGGUCAAGAAAUUCGACCUCAACAAUGACGGGGUCAUCGACCGGGAGGAGUUCGGUCGGCUCCUCCGGCACUUUGUGAAGCAUCUUCUGCGAAACAUGAUCAUCAACAUCCUCGUCAUGCUCACUGUGAUCCCCUUCCUAUGCUUCUUAACGAGCAAGUUUGUGGGUAGCGCGCUGGCGCCUAACGCGCCGGCGCAUAUGGCGCCAUGUACGCUGGCGCCUAACGCCCUGGCGUCUAACGCGCCGGCGCAUAACGCGCUGGCGCCAGUUUCUCUGGCGCCUAAGGCGCUGGCGCUAGCGGCGCUGGCGCUUGCUGCGCUGGCGCCUAUCGCGCUGGCGCCUAAUGCGCACGCGCUUGCUGCGCUUGCGCCUAACGUGCUGGCGCCAUGUGCGCGGGCGCCUAGCGCGCUGGCGCAAUAUGCGCUGGCGCCAAGCUCGCUGGCGACUAAGGUGCUGGCGCUUGCUGCGCUGGCGCCUAUCACGUUGGCGCCAUACGCGCUGGCGCCUAGCGCGCUGGCGCCUAAGGCGCAGCGCCAGCGCCUAUCGCGCUGGCGCCAUGUGUGCUGGCACCUAACGCGCUGGCGCUUGCUGCGCUGGCGCCUUUAG